CCCGAGCACAAAAAUUUACGCAUUGCCACACGCCAGCGCGCCGCAGUCGGGCCGCGUUUCGCCGUAACUCCGCCGUCGUCUGUUUUCCGCCGUUUUCCCAACCACCGCGACCACCAUCUCCCCGCCACCUCAUCUCCCCCACCGGCACCUCGCCCGUCCUCUUUACCUCCCGCCCGCCGUUUUCCCCGACGCUUUCGCUUUAACCGUUUUCCCGCGCCCCGUUUACCGGUUUUCCGCGCACGCGACACCGGCUGCGACGGCGAUUCGGACACGGCGUUCGGCCGGCGCGUUAUGCUACAGCAGCAGCAGUGGGUCCCGCACCGUCGCCACUGAAACCGCCAUGGACUCGGGGCUCGCGCGGUUCGCCGUGCUCAUCGUGCUGUUCUUCCUGUUGACCGGCGACCUGUCCGGCAUGAUCAAACACCUGUACGAAGACGCCGCCGGUCUCGGCGGCAAACAGCAGCGGCGGGCCGAUGACGGCGGCACGCACGAGGCGGCGAUGGCCAAGGCAGAGGCGGCGACCGAAGACUCUGCGGACGGCGGUUCCGAUCCGGACAUAGAAGGAUUCGGUAAGCAUACAAGAACGCUGUGACGUUACCGGCCCCGGAAUCAGACAUUUCGGACACUGGUUGUCCCAGAUUUUCCUCCGGUUUUCCCGCUCGAAACCGUCCCUUCCGUCAUCACCGUUUGGACGUUGGUCCGGAUAAUUUCGUUUCUCCGAGGCGUAUGCGAUCGCCCCCUGUUCUUUCACUUCGGCUGGUGUAUCCGCUCGUUCGUCUUUCCCGCCGCCGUCCGGCAUGUUUAUGUAAUCCUCCUCCGAGACCGCAUUCCUGUUUGCCAGUAACACAGACUACCGGCAAAAAGAAUAGAGCAAACGGUAACUCUACUGUUUUCCGGCGAUCAACGGUUCGCACGUCCAGCCCGUAGAUCUGUACCCGUUACACGUUUGCACGUCGUUUUCACGGGGUUUCGCCCGUAGCCUACUGCGGCACCCGUUGUCGCCUACGAUACUGACGAAUUUAAUUUAAACAAGUGUUCGUCAGUAAAAAUGCGUACCACGAAUACGCACGCGAAUACUUCCCUGGACAUUUUACACCCUCGGAUAAAUCUCCGCUUCCCCCCUACUAGUUCCGACCCUCCUCCGAGAACGAGUAGCCGAGAACGCGAGCAUCACCCGAUUUGACGGUAUUUUCAAAAAAAUCAGAUCGGACGACAAACAACAAACAUGUCGGUGGUCAGUAAUACGUCACGGCCUUGUGAUUCGAGAACCUUGGGACCUUCUGUACAAAAACAUUCGAAACUGUUUCUCUUCUCCGCGAUCACCGACCGCAAUAUUGUACACACGUCUCCUUCUCCCCCCCCCCCCCUCAUAUCAACUUCAAAUUGCGCGUCCUUUAAUUUCCCAUAUUUUUGGCAACUGAACGCGUGUUAGCUGUUUGACAAACAAUAAUACCUACAUCAUUUUCUAUAUAAAACGGUAACCUAACGUACAGCAAUUACUAUACUUAAUCGUCAAACACAACGAGUUCGACAAAACCUGUAAAAAAAAAAAAAAAACAAUUGCGGCGGUGCAGCGGGUAUACAAUUACAAUUUUUAAAAAAAAUGUUGUUUUGCUUGCUGCGUGCAUUUAUAAUAACGGUAUUACAAUGUAUCGUUUUUUGUGUUUUUGUGUUUUUUCAUACAAAACUGGUUAUCAGGUUUACUUGCCAACGAUUGUAUAAUCGUUUUAGAUAUUUAUUAUUCAAAUACAUUUAUCACUCUAAAGUAUUACGCACGUUUUUUUUUUUUUUUUGGCAUCGAAAAUAACACCAGUCUUUUCACUUUCGUUCUCGCGCGCGUGUGCGUAUUAUAAGUAUUAUACUUCGCGUAUACAGGGCGAUCCAUUUAAUUACGGUUUUUUCACACUGACGCGUUUAGAAUACACGUUAACGCCAUUUUCAAUUGUCAUCCCUACUCCUUGUACGCGAAAUGAGUACCUAUUUUGAUUUUCAAAAGUCUAACACCACUAUCGAGUUGUAGAUGCGACGUUCGUUACCCUUUUCGACUAUCCCGGUUCAAACGUUUACCAGCGUUUUAACGCAUUGAAAAAUAUUCUCGGCUCGGAUCUGCGUUUGAAACACGAGGUAGUAUUGAAAUCAAAAGUGUUUACUCGCUUGCGGGACGAUAGGGACGACAAAUGAACGAAAACGGCGUUAAAGUGCAAAGCUCAAACGGUUCAGUUUGUGACGAAACCGAAAAUUCGCGUAGAUUCCUCCGUGAUAACCGCACCGGCCCUCGGCAAAUCGGAUCACUCUGUACAGCCCGCGUGUAUCUCUACACGGGUGUAAUAAUAAUGCGAUUAGGUGUACACGGUUGCGAUACAAACGUGUCGGCCACGGUCCAGCGGAUUAACGUUUACGUCUUGUUUCAGCCAAAUCGUAUUCGGCCAGAAUGAAAUUGGUCAACGUCAUAAAGGAAUCGUGUUUACCGAAACUGAUCUGCGAGCUGACCGCGUCCGCCAACCAGGACUCGCUCACCGAUUCCGAGAGAAACCUGUUGUCGCUGAUAAAGUAUGCCCGUACAAUGUUAUCACCGUCAUUAUCGUUAUUAUUAUUGUAGUAUCGUUAUCGCAACGACCGUAUCGGCAGAGCCUGGCAGAACGCGCAAUACCGGGGAAUGAACCGAGCAUACUAAAUAAUGGUAGCCGUUCGCGCAAAUACCUCCUUUCACUCGCCGUAAAGGUGUGUACCGCGAUAAUAAUAUAUCGGGCGGGUAUGCCGAUUUUAUUGAAUUUUUUUUUUUAUCGGUUUUCCGGUUAAAAAUUUAUCGCGUCGCGGCGUAACCCAGAUACGUCAACCUGAUUUUUUGAUUUUUUUUUUUUUAAUUAUCGUCCGUCCGAAACGACAAUAUUGAACUCGAAACGGAAUGUAAUUAUUUUCUAAUCGCCGAACCCGUAUCUACUAUGUAAAUAACAAUAAUUCGUCGAUAAGUGUCGUCGGUACGUUUUGAAACAAUUACGUCGAUACUGCGUUCACGGUUCGCGUUUUUUUUUUUUUUUUCUACUAACGGUUUUUAUAUCUGUGUACCGGAAAAAAAAAAUAGAAAAUUGAUUUAUUGUCUAUCUAGCCGCUCCGUCGCCAAAUAAUACCGCAAAGACACUUUCCAUUUCACGAAUCAAUGGUGUAUAAUAACAUAAUUAAUAAUUGUGUGUAGAAAUCAUUAUACGUCGAAUCGAAAUUUUUUGUUCCGUUCAGUAACCGUUAUAACCACGUAUUAACCAAGUCGACAAUACGCGUUGGUUACGUCGCGUGACGCGGUUACUUAAUCUACGGCUUACGAGUACCCACCACGUUCUAUUAUGUCCUGAUAAGUAAACAAUUCUCGAGAUUUACGUGAUUGACAAACGAGUCCACGCGCACACAAUACGGACUAUACGAAAUGAAUCUAGUAAACUAUUGAACCGGUCGUCAUAGAAAAAAAAAAAAAAAUAAUAAUAAUACAAACAAUCUGUUAAUUAAUCAAAUAUGUACAAUGUUAAUGGGGAUAGAACAAUACAUUUUCGAUGUGUUAUACAAACACGACUAACCGCCACGACUAAAGAAAUCGCAUUAUUUAUUUAUUUGUACGAUUAAACGCCGCGGCAAUAUGCAUAUGGUUAAAAAUACAAUAUCAAAAAUGAUAACAAGAUUAGAAAACAUGUAAAACCGAAAUAAAAAAAAAUAUAUAUGUAUAUGUAAGAAUAAAUUAAGCGUAUAACAGCACGUUACAAUAAGGUGAUGUACGAGAUACAAUAAAUGCACUGUAUUUACAACACAGGGAAUUAGAGAAUUGCGUCGGAGACACGGAGCAUUCGACGUAACGGAUGAUCGUGACUAUGGAGAAGUGCCGCGGGUAAUUGCGUAAAACAAAUAGGGGUUUCGGGAAAUGCAGGAAGGACGUUGAAAAUUAAUAUUGAAUACGAGCUCGGGAGCGGCAUGUGAGUCGGACAAGAGCGAUAUGAGAAAACGUUGGUCGGCCAGUAGUUUUGGCCGGCGCGAGGAAAGGGCUGCGAGGUAAUAACGGUUCCUAAUAGUAGUAUAACAGUGUAAGAGAAUCGGCGUUUUUUUUUUUUUUUUUUUGUUUAUUUAAAUGCUGCUAAAGGGCUUAAGAGUUUAUUUCACACUCUUUCGAUAAUACGGUUUAUGUGUUUCGCAAGAGUUGGGUGCCGGCCAGAUAUGACAGUUCCGUAUAUUCUCGCCCGUGAAGCGGGCGUACUAAUGUGGACGAGUAAAGGUUGCGGCAUUAUAUCGACAGGUCGUUAGAUUACAGGGCGACGUGCAUUAUUUUCUGCCGGGGGUUAGUGGUUCUAGCGGCGACCUUACGAAUACGGGACACUUAAAAAAAAAAAAAAAACAAAUUAAACACGACGCACAACAAGUAAACCAAACUAUAAUCGCUAUACAGAAACAAAAUGAAUAGGCGCCGUACGAACACAAUAAUCGCACGCGAACCGUUUUUUUAUCUUGACGAUGGCCGUCAGUCCAGUUUUCUUCAUCCGCCGUUUCCGCGUGCUCUCGUGAUUCGCACCGAGUACUAUCGUUAUCUUGCGGUGAAACGUUGUAAGACACGUCACACGAAUAGUUUUUAAAAUGCGUUUUCGUAAUAACCAUCGCUGGUUAUUUACAGCGUACCUACGUAACUCACAACUACCAUUGUGACGGUUCGGUUCAAUGAUGCCACAAUAAUACCGUGUCAAAUGAGUUUCUCAAAAGUUAUGCGUUAACGCGGUUAAGAAAAAUACGGGACCGACCCGACGAAAUGGGACGGAAUGUAACUUACGUCUGUGCAGAGUUCAAAUACGGGACAAUCGCGUGUAAUACGGGACGUAUAGUUUACCGAUCGCGCCUAAAAUUAUCUUUUUACACGCCGAUCGCGUCAAAACGUUUUAGGGUCGGCAGAACAGUUGCUCACAUUGAUUACAUUAAUUACAAUCGAUAUGUAUGUGAUAAAUGAUUAAAAUAUGCGUUUGACAUAAGCAUUUGUGUGAUCGGUGGCGUAGCCAGAGGGCGUUUUGGGUGUUUUGACGGGCGUGGCACACAUAGGAACAAACACCACUUAUCCGAAUACUAAAGAGCCGACUCAAUUUGGCCGAAUUUCAUACAGCCCACAAGAUAAAGGCCCAAAUAUACAAUAUUGAUCGAAAAAUAAACAAAUCAGAGUCUCUUAAAUAGUCAGAAGCAUUUUUUUUUUUUUAUUUUUUAUGAUUACGUUUUUCGUAUUCCUAAUAAAAAAAUUUAAACGUUGCCUGUUUUUGAUCCUGACAUAACCAUAUAAAAAUAGUUUAUUUUUAUUAUUUCAAUUUCAAUUUGUUUCGUUUAAAAAAAACCACACAGUUCACGUUGCUACACAGUUAGACGUGAAUUACUACACGAGACACGACCAUAGACAUUCGCGACGGACACCCCAAAACUAUAAUAUCACAAUUGUACAAAAUGAUCAAAUUUUGCACUCAAUUAGUGACCGAGCUGACCGAUAGUUUAUUUGCAAUUUGACGGACGAUAAAACGGUGAUUUUGAAUAUUAUUGUAUAAUACCUACGUACUAAUCGCAUAGAUUCCCGCCAUAAUAUUUACCGUUGCAUUUUCGGCACACGAUACGGCCACCGUUUCUAGUUCGUUUCCAAAACCACGUCGGCCCGUAGACUUCCCGGCUCUUUGGAUUCGAUUAAAAAGUUCCCGGCUAAUUUAAUUCGGUCCAUUGUCUCCCGCAUUAGUUUUUGUUUGUCUACGGGUAAUUUCAAGAAGUCCGUUGUAGACCGCUAAACCCCGCUGGACCCCCCUAAACCUACCUCGUUGAUAAAUCCUCUGACCGCGCCACCGGUCGGGGUUAUCUAGAUAACGGAAUACCGUCUUUUAACCGGAAAACAACAAAAUACCUCACCGUCGUAAAUAUUUUUAAUAAAUUCGUUAUUAGAUAAUACUUAGAUAUUGUGGACUGCGCAAUGUAUGCGUUGUAUAAUAUUAUUCUUAUUAAUCCGUUUUCUAAUCACGCUCGGUAGUUAACAAAAUAAAUACCAAACAGCGUGAUAAUUACGUUAGGUUUUGUACCGUGAAAAAACGUCGUUCUCUUCCCCAUUUUAUGAUAAAAAUGUAAGGCGUCUAUACCCUUAUUACCGACCCGCUAUUACGUUUGACGUUUAACAAUACCGUGUAUCGUUUCGAAUCCGUUUCGCCUAUUCGCCCGGACACUUGAAAUUUUAACGCUACCAAUCAGGUAUGCUGUCGUUACGCCGAUAAUUAAUUUCGUCCGCGAGUCGUCAUUUGUCCUGGCGGUAAAUCUUCGCGCAGUCCUCGGCGAAAAAUCUCGGCCGUCCAUCCCGACACCGGAUCUGAUAACAAGAGUCACUCUCGCGGACACCCGAUGCGAUUGCAUUAGCGUUUCGAGCGGUUCAUAGUCCGCACGCAACACGCCUGGCGUUAUUGUGCUGCAGUGUCUGCGGACCCCGAAUGCCGCAGGUUCGCUGUUCGCCUCCGCGGGUUUCACUUCGCGAGAGUCGCGCGCGCGUGUUAUCUAACGAUAACGAACAAUAGCGCGCGCGGAUACCGGAUAACGUUUCGUCGCAUCAAACGAUUUCCGUGUUAUCAGCAGUCGUCGUCUGCGAUCAGGUCGCGCAAAGAUAUACGGCUAAACCAUUAUUUUUAUAUUGGCCGACGGCGGCACGGACGAAACGGUCGCUGUGCGAUUUUCUUUUUUCCUCGCAGCAGUACUACCGGUAUCACAGUGUCGCGAAAACGCGUGAGAAUCGAAAAUAUGCGAAACAUUAUGACCGCGUAUCGGCUGGUAUUUAACAAGGCGCAGCAACUAUCACCGAGCUUUUAAUUUAGAUAACUGUUUAUUACCCGACCACGUAUAUUUUCAUUUAAAUCCACCAUCCAUCUUUCCCCGACCAAAUAAAUAUAAAUAAAUAAUCUCGUAUUGUCGAAAAGUCGUUUGUAAUUGGGUUUUGUAGCCGUCCAAAUAAACGCGUGAUUCGUUAUCUGUUGACAACCACUUCGUUUCGAGACCGAAAGAUAAUAUAAUAACUACCGCCCCUCUGGAAUUCAAUUCGUGUACGCGUACAGAACUUUAAAAAAAAAAAAAAAAAAAAAAAAAAAAACAGGGCGCGGAAGAACGGAAAGAAUAAGAUAUAAAAGAAACCCCCGUACGUGUAAAAUAAUAUAGAGAUCGUAAAUCUUCGGAGAGAGCAGUGGCGACGAUUGUAAUAAUAUCGCGCGCGCUCGCUUAUUAUUCACGAUCCCGGGGAAAAAAAAAAAACAGAAAUAAUAAUAAGCACGUUGCCCGGAAAGAGUAUAAAUCUUUCACGAGCCGAAAAUAUUUAAAAAAAAUAAAAAAACGCGCGUAUACGCCCGAAGUACCCGAAAAACGACCGUACAACACGCAAAGACGACAAUUAUUAUUAUUUAUUAUUAUCGUAGUAAUUCACACUCGUACGCUAUAAUAAUUGUCGUCGGCACGGAAAUUCUCUUUUUUUUUUCUUCGACUUUUCUCGCGUACGCGAAUUACCGGUAUCUGUACUCUUAUUGGCCCGCGCGAUAUUCGUUCGUAGACGGUCGGGCGUUUUAAACGUUUCUCACCUAUAAUACGUUACAAUGUGUUUAAAACGUUCGAAAAUCAAAUUAAAAUUACCGAUAAUAUUAUCACGUUCUGACGAGCGGAGGUGUUGAUGUUAUACUCGUCUGGCGAGAUUUAUCAAUGCGGUGGGGGGGGGGAGAGGGGUGGAAAGGUACGGCGACCGAAAUCGAUCCCCGCUGAUUGUAUUCGUUAUAUUAAAAUCUGAACGAAAACAAAAAACAGUUCAUAUGGCUCCUACUUUCGGACGGGGAGCAGAUAUAGCGACAUUUCUCCGAUUGCUCUAGUUUUUUGUUAAACAGAAAAUUAUGAUAAAAUUCCAACUGUUAUUAUGUCCGUGCCGAGGUAUUGAGAUGCGCCUGUCGAUCAUCAAUAGACGAAUAUCAACUGUUCAAAUGUCAAAUUGCCAUAAUUUGCAUAAUUAAUACAUUCACAUAAUAAAUAAUUACCACGCCAUUAUAAAUGUGUUUCUUCGUGAGAUCCGUGUAGUUUACAAACUUAAUCUAAACUCAUCGCUGACGUCAUUUCGUAUUAAUUGUUAUUAUUUUUUAUUUCAACACAAACUAAUACAAUCGGUAUUACAGUCAAAACUACAAUUAUUAUUUUAUAUUUUCUUACGAACGUUAAUGCGAUUAUCAUUGUCAUUCCGUCACAUAACCGUUUAGCCUUUUAAGUGACCAACCAGUCCUUGCGGGGCUUUACUCUUCCAUACUACGUGCUCCCCCGCUCUAAUAUCUAUAUACUAAUAUGACCUAAUUUUACAGCUAACGCAACCGUCGCAACAUUAUUAUAAUAUGAAAUAUAUUGAAAUGAAGAAAACAACCACGUUUAAAACAUACACAUUCGUUUCGAAAAAAUCACAUUUAAACGAAAAACUGUUUUUUUUUUUUUUUUUUUUGCAACUCUGUUAUAAUGUACCGCAAUACACGAUAUAGUCGAUUAUUGUCAUAAAACAAUCGAUUCAUCAAUACAAUCGGCGGGAAGACACCAUUAACAGUAUCGGUAAUAGAAACGUAACCGUGGAAACAGAUUAUUACUAUAUUAAUAAACAGUUUUAAACUUUUCCAUUGGGUCGGUUAACAUAUCUAAUGAAAAUAUUCGUUGGCGACGUAUUAAAAAAAGGUCGUUUUGCAAAAAUGUGUACACUGAUAAUGAAAACAAAGUAUUAUCCUGUCGUCAGUGUUCAAGAUAUAAUACUGUUAUGCAAUUUAAUGUAACAACUAUGUGAUGGGAAGUUAAAACAGGAGGUGAAAUUGGCAAAAUAAUAUGCAUGAAAAAAAAAAAAAAAAACCAUUAUUCAGUCGCAUUAUAUUUCCAUUUGAGUAUAUUAUUCGAUAAUAAACGAAUAACAAUGCAUACGUGCGUGAUACAAAUAAUGCGUUUUGAAUUUUAAAUUCCAACGAUAUAUGAUCGAAACAAUUAUUGUACACCAGGUUUUGUAACAUGUUUACGGGAUUGAUUUUUGUUUUUAGAUAACGGCAGAAAAAAAAAAUAACGUUAUCAACUGGGCUCGUAACUUUUGUUAUUUGCAUAUUUUUUGCAAGAGUGAUCUCGAAGGUAGCUCUACGCGAGCUAUACGUUUGUUACAGGCAAUCACGGAGCUACACGCGAAUGAUCAUGUUGGAUAUUUUUGCACGUAUCGAAGUUCAAACGAUGUUUUGUUUUAUUUGUACGGUUGGCACUGUUCCGAAACCGCGUAGGGUUCGAAAUAUACUUGACGAUAAUAAUGACGAUUUAAACAGUCUGGAAUAUCUUCGCGUUUAUUCGUUUCUAUUAGCGUCCACCGCGCCUCAGUAAGGCGGUAAUCACAUCAAUGAGGAAUCCCUUGUAAAUUGUAUCACGUGCAUUAGUAUUUUAUUUUCAUAAUUUCCAGAUAUUCCGGUAACGUUGUUAUUGUUAUAAUUUUUCUGCUUAUUUUAUCGUUUGUACGUGUUUUGUACGUGUUUUCGAGAGCACUAUAUCAUUGUCGCGCUUAAAACAACCUUUUUUUUUUUUUUUUUCCUCGGUAUAAUCGAAUAUCGAUACCGUCCAAACGUUCGAAUGAUCGCCAAGGUAUGCGGAGCCAUUCCGUCGCCGUUGUCGUACCUCGGGCAGGUAGACAAUUAUGAUAUUGUAGAAUAUUUUUCGGACGUUUUUUUUUUUUUUCCUUUCUUUUCUACUAUUAGAUCGCCGGCAACAAAGUAUACCCACACUAUUGCGACGCGUCAAAACGAUGUAUAGAAAUAACGUACCUAAAAAAAAACCCAUAAAAAAAAAAAUAUAAACGCGCAAACGUAAUCUCGAUCUGUUCUUUGGCGCCUGUCGUUUUAUUUACAGGCGCCAGUCGACGUUUAAUCGCACCAGACGGGUAUUAUUAAGUACACCUGGGGGCCGUACACAUUAUUAUAUUGUUGUAUCGUUGGCCGGCCGAGCAGUUUGAAUGAUAUUAUUAUUAUUAUUAUUAUUGCCGUUAUAUUAAUUUCCGUCGUCAUUACCGUCUCGUGUAUAUUUCACCAUCUGCAUUAUUACGCGAGCUGCGGUACGAGAGAAAAACUAGAAAUUCGAUUAGAAAACGAAAACAUCACACGGCGAUCGGGCCGCGACACGAGCCGUUAACCUCCCGCAGUCUCCUAUAGACCGCGAUUUCUUUUCGGUCGUCGAAAUAAAAUUAUAAUUUAUCAGCGGUUUGAAUAUUAUUUUUUUAUUUUUUUUCGGUUACUCAGAGCCAAGUAGAAACUCUCUCUCUCUCUCUCUCUCUCUCUCUCUCUCUCUUUAUCUAUCUCUCUUUCUAUACACCACACCUAAUUGGUUUGCCGGUUAGAUUUGAUUAAACUCGUCAUUAUACCGCCAUAACUUAAAGGCGUGUUCACUUUUUACACUCUUAAAAUCCAAAAAUUCGUAAAAUACCAUUUUUCUUUUUUUUUUUUUUUAUAAAUUACAAGUAGACCGUGGAAAAAAACGAUAUUAUUCUUCACGCUUUAAGACUUUAAGACUUUGCACGCUUCCACCGUCGCGAUUCCUCGCCAUGUUUAUCGUCACAAUAUCGUCCAUUUAUCUUAAGAGUCUUCAACCAUCGGUUAAAGUGAGGAAGCUGAGGGGGAAAGAGUUUCCCUUCUUAUUUAUAACAAACUUAUCAGUUCGAUUUAAGUCUCAACGGUUUUAGUACAACGUUUUUAUGAACAAAUGUGUGUGUGUGUGUGAGAAAAUCAUUUUAGAAAUAUUAUCUCUACAGUAGGUUUUUUUAAAGUCUAAUUGGGUAUAAUUAGUUCCCGAGAACGCCCCUCAAUUUUCGGUAAAUAUACAGUCCCCCUUCGAAGUCGUUCACACUUUAAUUACUGUUUUUAACCACGCUAUCCAUCCAUCGUUGACGGGGUCUCCCGCUCGGACGACUUUCGGUUAGGUUCUAAGUCAUUUCGAACAAGGCUCCACAGUCCUAAUGCCUGUCCAUUCCUCCGAUCAUCGUUUCGCCUAAAAUAUACCGGUCAAUAUAAUUCGCCUUGUGUUGCGCAGUCUUUUCGAGUCCGCGGUUCUCUUUAUUUCGCGUAUUACAUUUUGCGUACGCGGUACGUAUAUUCGCAUAAACGAGUCAAAUUGUUUUUCACCGGCCGGUAUAAACCGAUGGAAUUACCGUAAAAACGUUCGGCGGGUAACUACGCAUACGGCAUGAGAAACACGCGGUUGAACAAAAACAUACGAACGUGCAAGACGUCUUUCGCGUUUACGAUUUACAAUUAUUGCACUACGACGUUCCACCCCUCGCGUUUAAAUUAAAAUUCGCCAUUUUUGUCCCGUUUAUACACUGUGCAGGGUUUGGAGCCGGUAAAAUCGAAUAUGAAUAAAAAAAAAAAAAAAAUAUAAAACACCAGUGUCGCCGAUCGCGCGCCGAUCUCCGACGGGCCAAUUAUAAUAAUAAAGGAGAAAACGGCGCCGCCGAGGAGCCGGCGUUUCGCUCCUUUUGUGAAUAUUCAAAAGAUUAUUAUUAUAUAUUAUUAUUAUUUUUUUUAUUUUUUUCAUUCCACGAGAUCCUUAUAACGGCGUAAUCCUGCUGCAGGACGUGUACCGGGCCGGGAGAAUCCUUUGGGGAUUCGCAGUAAACGCGAAGAAAAGAACAGAUAUAUAGAUUGGAAUCGUAAUUUUUCGCUCGGCAAAAUUAAACGUCACGUUUUCAUAUAUUACAUAUUUUCCAUACCGCCCCCCUCGCGAGAAUAAUGUCAACUUUUUUAAAUUCGUAUUCCGCAAUAUUAUCAUCCCGUUUUAUGAAAGCCGACGAUUUCGCCCGAUUUGACUUUUUCACCGUUCCGUUCUUUUUUUUUUAUUUCGUUUUUUUCCACCAUAAAGAUUCUCAUCGUCGAUAAAUUAUUAUUAUAUUAUUAUUAUAUUGUAUGCGAUUUGAUCGUUUUUUUUUCCUUUCAUAUUACUCCCCGUCGACCCCAUCGUCCGUACAAUAGAGCGACAAUACGACGCUUCGAUAUUAUAUUCCUGUCAGGGGCUGGCGGUUCCACAUACGACUUGAUUGUGCGUAUGCGUGUGUGUCUAUGAUAGAGGGGUAGAGACGCAAAUCAUUAUUCCAGACACCUAGAAGAGAAACUCGCUUGUUUUCUCCGACAUACGGAAAAAAAUAGAACCAUGGAUAUACUUUACGCUUGUGUUGUUGUUUCUGUUGUUACUAAAUAUAAUUAACUAUUACAGCGUCAAAUGUUUCGCGUUACAAUAAAAAAGGCUCGCAAAUUCUCUACUGACCAAUAGCCCGAAAACGUAUCCGUGUCAGAUAUAAAAAAAAAAUAAGAGCUUGUUGAGUACUCGGACCUAUGUACUAAAAAAAAAUGGAUCGUUAACAGAAAGAGAGACGUCCGGGGAUCGACAUCGUUAAAAAAAUAUACCAUACGCCCUGUCAUAUCUGUUUCUAAAUGUGCUAAUACUAUAGGCAACAUAAGGUAGGGUACGAAGGACGUGCGGAGUCCAGAAAAUAAUAAUAAGUUUAAAUGCUCGGCAUCGCCCUGCGGCUAUAAAGGACGUUUGUCGUCUGAUCAUUUUUUACGCGGCGUCUUAGCUCGGGAAUCGGUAGUCGGUAAUAAUGGUCAAACCAUGAAUGACCAGAGGAAUAAAAUAUGGCCGAACACAGCAUAAUGACACAACUACUGCAGGCAGCACGAAAACGAAUCGACGUCUAGGAUUAUUAUUAUCAUCGUCAUUUUUUUGUUUUUUAAUUUAGCGAUCUCGUUAGAUACGGUCGCUGUGGCUUUUUUUUUUUUUUUUUUUUUUGAUACGUGUCUAUUUGGCUCUAACGAAUCGGAUAUUUUUUUACAAUUUUUUUUUUGUUUCUUAUAGAGACACGACCAUUUCCACCACGGCCGAAGUGACGUCCAAGUAUCAUUUCGCCGCGCACAUGGGCCAACUCAUCAACGGCAUCGACAACGCGGGAUGUCACAAUUUCUAUCCCGGAUGCCCGUUUCCCGGUCUUCAGGUCAUGCAAAUGAUGAAGAAAGUGAAAAUCUUAUAAACGCAUCGACUCCAACGAAUCUAGUCUUUAAAUAGGUGUAUUUAUGGGUGUACACCGUAUUAUUAUAUUAUAAUUAUUAUUACGUAAAUUAUUCGCUAUUCGGACACAGCCGAACGAGUUUCCGCCCUCGUACCCGCGGUAUCGGCCGAAAAUUUAUCGACGUGAAUAUCGAACCACGCGUUGGAUCGCACAAUUUUCAUUAAAUAAAUAUAAUAACAAUAUUACGUAUUUAUAUUCAUCGUGAAAAUCGAUUAUUAUAAUAUAUUAUUUAUAGGAAAAAAAAAACAACAAUAAUAAUAAUAACAUUAAUUGUUAUUAUAAUAAAUAUUAUAAUAUACGCGUUUGUAAGAUUAAAAAAUUUAUAAUAUUUUAUUAUCAUAUUACUACCUUUAACGAGCCUGUUUAACUUUAUAUUUAUUUAUAAUAGAUUUUAUACGAGCUGCCACUUAUAUAUUCGUAUGUACUUCAAUCACACGAUAUUCUAUUAUAUUACACCUAUGUUUAAAAUUUUUGAAUAAUUAAACAAUAUAAUAAGUUAAGGUUUAUUAUUUUUUUCGUACGAUUAUUAUAAUGUGUACAAAUAAAUGAGCGUAUUGUCGUACGAUUUCGGUACGAUGAAAAACCACGUAAAAGAAAAAAAAAACCGACCAAAACGACUUAAUCUAUAUACAACCGUCAAAAAUGUCUACAGAAUACCUCACGAAAAUCCUAACUGAAAAAAAAAAAUUUUUAAAAAAUUGUUGAUUUUCGGCAGCGUGAAAAAAAAUUAUUAAACAAUUGAAUUUAGAUAAGUAUUUAAAAAAAUAAUAAUACACACCCACGAUUAUCGUAACAAAAAGAACUUUCGACUCGACGGACAACUAUUAUUUUGUUUUUUACGCCGUCAGUGUAGUGCUUGUGUCCGGCGAUCAUGAAAAUUGCGAUUCUAUUGGAUCGAUUGGAUUUUUUAUUUUAUAAUGUAUCAAUAAAUUAGCGAAGUGUUUAGAUUAGAGACCGGGUUUAUAUGCUCUUAAAACCCAAGCGCUUAAAAACGUAACGUAAUUAAAUACAACUUCAAAUACUUCAAAAAUGAUUAAUACAAAAUAAUUAUUUUAAUAAUGUGUGCAAUUUCGUUUAAAACAAACGAAACGACUGUGUGAACUAUUUGCGUAGCGUUGAAAAAUUCAGUUCGGUAUGAUAGAGCCGUUGGGGAGGAGACUUUCGAAUAUCUUUAACGUUUUGUUGCUGUUUUAAAUAUCUUUAAGUGUAUUUUAUUUUAGAGAUUUUUUUCUUCACGUUUUAAGCGGGUUUUUUUUUUUUUUUUUUUGAAUCUUAAGAAAAUAUAAUUCCGGGCUCUAGGUAUGACAGAAUAAAUGUACAGCUAAUGAUAAAUCACGAAGCUCGGGCUCUCCGGUAUUACGAGGUCCUGGGAAAUUUGAAAUCCGUACGUUUGUCGUACGGUAACCUGUUGCCGAGCACGUGGAAUUCGCUGGCGGCCUUGCCGGGUCGGGACGAAGCGGGCCACGACCACUGUGUGGGAAUUUUGAUUUUGGACGGUCGCCCGCCGCCGUCGUCGGCUCCGUUGUUGUCGACGAACUUGAUGACCCCGUCGGCAUAGUACGCGCCUUUGUAGUUGCCGUACUUGUCUAACUCGGCGCGCAGCCCGCCCGUCCCGGUCCUGUCGGGAAACACCAUUUUCACGUUUUUGGGCCGCCUGUCGGCGCCGCCGUUAUCGAACGACGGGAACGCGAACUGCGACACCGAGUUGGCCGCGCCCGCGUGAUGGUCGUCCGACGGGAACGUCAUUGACGGCCGGGUCGGGACUUCCAGGGCCAGGUCCUGGACCGAGGGCAGGUCGUAGUACUGGGCGGGAGAUCCGCUGAGUAUCCGCGGCUUCGGGAGGCCGUAAAAGUCGUCCGGGAGCGAACGGUCCGAACGGGUCGUGUACUGGUCGCGGUUCGCGAAAUAUUGGCCCGGCCGUUGAUAUCCGGGAGCGUACUGCUGCUGCAAGGAGUAGUACCGGUUCGGGGGGGGUCGCUGCGGGUACGGCGGGGGCUGGUAGUACGGAGGCCGGUGCGGUUGGGUCGGCUGCUGUUGCGCGUACUGGGGCACGAACUGCGGUAGCUGUUGGUUGAAGAACCGGAAGAAACCGCCGUUGUGGUUGUUGAGGUAGUUGAUCAGCUGGUCGGGAUCCCUGGGACACGUAGGAUAGGCGGUGUGACACGAACCGGGAUCGCCGCGGGCGUUGUACCCCAACAGCGCGGCCCGGCCGAACAUCAGAAGCGGCGAGUCGUCCACGAAGUUCAACACCG